AUUGUUUGUUGUUCGCGCGCAUCUGGCUUAGCGUCCCAGAGAGGCAGGGCCGAAAGGUGGGGCGUUCUCUCAGCCAGUCACGUCACUAGUUCGCCGCUCCAUCCCAUCUUUUUGUAACUGCGAGUCGAUAGUCCUCACCACUCAACAUGGAUUCUGGUGAUGACCUAAAAUGGUUCGGUGAAGGCUUCGACGGGUUUCCGAAGAAGCUGCCGGAGGACGUCGUAGAAUACAUCAUCUUCAUCAUCGACGCUAGGUUGUCGGACAUCCAGACGCGAGAACGUUUGCAGGCUUUUCAACGUGCUCUGCAGGAUCUGAAGAAGCGGUUCUUGAAAGAGUAUAUCUGGCAGCGAGACGAGAUCAAGCUCGACCUUGUGCGGGAACACGACCGCUGGCUCCUGAAAGGGCAGACCAACUACGGUGAUAGUGUCGCUGAUGAGUGGUUGAUUGUAUUCUUCUUGCGCGAACUGAGUAAGGAAUUCAAAGACGCCUGGAUUCGCAUAUACGACACAGAUGGCGAGUUCCUGCUCAUUGAGGCUGCAAACGCGCUGCCAAAGUGGCUCACGCCCGAGGUUGCAGAGCACCGAGUCUGGAUUAACACGCAUCGUCUGCUCAUCACACCUCUAGGUAAAGAGGAGGAGCCAGCACCUCUGCAGCUCGACAAAGCGCUCCAAAUAUUGAAGGACACGCCGGGACGACCGCAGCAGUAUCUGAAAGUCGAGAAAGAGGCCUUCCACCGCCUGAACAACUACCCGUCUGCUAUCACAGAGAACCAACACCAUGCCACCCUCCCCCUUCCACGCAAAGUGGCACAUAUCCUGCACACGAAUCCGUCGUAUAUCUCUCCUGUCGUGGAAGCCUUCUACCUCCGCGAUCCGAUAUCCUUGCGGCUGCUACAACCUGAAAAAUCCAAGACAGCACUCACGUUCCCGCCCGAGGACUUCGUAUCUGUCAGCGUCCGGUUCACUAAGGUUCUGUACGCACAACUUCUCGGCCAGCACUGGAAUCCACCACCGCAAUACGAGGCCGCCAUCGAGUCCCUGACGAAGUCCGGCCACCCGCAAGAAAAGAGCGAAGUAUCCAUCAAGCUCACCGCCGGCAUGCAGAUGCUCGCCUCGCACUCGCUCUUCGCCGACAAGCAAGUCGUGCGCGAGAUCAGCCUUCUGCUGGAGGAUCUCGAAAGCGGCGACGACGCGCUGCCCACCGAUGCCGAGAUUGCGGCGUGGCCAAAGCGCGAGGACGACGAGAGCUGGCUCGACAUCGACUUCUCCGAGUUCGAGAAAGAACUGCAGGGCAAGGGCGGAGAGAAGGGGUUCGGCGACAAGAACGCCCAGGACAAUCUGAAAAAGAUGGUGGAGCGCUUCACCACGUUCCUCGCCGACGACGACGCCGGACACGAGGGCGCAGACGCACACGAGCGCGACCCGAUGGACGAAGACAACGACUCCGACCCCGGCCGCGGGUGGGACGACCCGUCGGACAGCGACUCCGACUCCGACGGCGACGGCGACAGCGACGCCAACCCAGCAGCCCCAGCACCCGACCCGCCCGCCUCCACUCCCCCCGAGAACCCCCUCCCGCGACCACCCCCCCGCCCCCAGCCCGACCCCGACUUCGACGCCGACUCCGACACAGACUCAGCCUCCACCGACGCCGACGCCGAGUACGCCGAGUACGAGAAGUCGUUCGCGGCGUACAUGACGCUGCCGGCGCACGAGAAGGCGCUGCUCACGGACGACGCGCGCACGCUGGCGCUCGCGCAGGACGCGGAGGUCGAGGAGGAGGAGGAGAUUCGUAAGCUGACGGCGGCGAUGGAGGCGGAGUUGUUUGGGCACGGGGCGCUGGAUCUUGGCGCGGGACGGGGCGCUGCGGGGAGGGUGGUGGAGGGUGGUGCGAAGAAGGGGGGGAAGGCGAAGGCGAAGGACAAAGCGGAGGACAAGGCGAGGGAGAAAGGGGAUGUCAAGGGCAAGGGCAAAGCAAAAGCAACCAUCUCCUUCGCCUCGCCGGACGACGACAUCGAGGAGAUCAACCGCGACGAGAGCGCUUCCGACGACGAGGAGAUCAACGACGACGACUACACGCUCGUGCAGAACAUGCUCGCAGCCUUCAAAGGCCAGGCCGGCGCCGCAGGACCCGCGGGGAACAUGCUGCGCGCGAUGGGGAUCCAGAUGCCACGGGACGCGGACGACGAGGUGGCAGGUUCUGGGAGCACGGGCGGGAGCGCGGGUGCGAGUGCCGGUGCGGGAGGGAGUUCUGGGAGCGCGGGAGGCAGUGCAGUCGGCGAAGGCAGGGCGACUGCGAAUCCCCUGCGGAGGCCGGACUGGUACAUGAAGAAGUAGGCUCCCUGGUGACGCCGUUGCACGCACACGCUAUACCUCACUCUUGCAGUCUAGUCUAGAAGUACUAGAAUCGACACUCAAAACACCACACCACGACGAGACGAGAUAAAACAGGGUAGUGUGGUUUAUUAUAUACACGCUUACACUACCCAACUCGCCAGCGCGCUGGCACAUGCUCCAUCCACAGCAAAAACACAGCGUGUCCUUGUCCGCACCCCACCCACCCGACACCCCCGUCUACAGUAGAUCUACGCAUAUGUAUCCGUCGUCCCAUUUCUGCACCUCACGUACCUCAGAAGACCCGUGCGUAACCCCCCC